AUGCAACGCAAAUCCAUGACCUCCAGUGUCGAUAUCACCGCUGAGGCCGAAACGAACCUUGCUAACUUGGUGAACGUCAAUGACGAGUUGCUCCAGUGUAUCGACAACUAUCAGCAGGCAAUUCGGAGAAAGAAGGGAUUUGCCCAGAAACCCGCUGCUCCGGAUGACAGGAGCACGCAGCUCAUGCAGGUCAUUCGUCAGAACCUGGACCUGGUAGCCCUUGAUCUGCCCGUCUUUAAGGCUAUGGUUCGGGAUUUGGCCGCUACUCCGCCAGAUGAUGCCACGCUGAGGCAGUUGAAUGAAUUUAGAGACCGCCUUGACGGACUUCACCGAAGACGGGGAGCUUACGUUAGAACUCUAAGCGGAGAUGUGGAUCCUAAAUUAGGAAACAUUAAGGACAAGGAGGCAGCGCUAGCUGAGUUGAUUCGAGUGAAAGAUGAAAUUCAGGAUAAAAUCCAACAGUUUUAA